UUUUCAUAAUUUUAACUUUAAGAUGCACACAUCUGAGAUACAACAGACCAAAGAUAGGAUAUAUCAAUCCACUCAAUAAUAGAUAAUUAUAAGGAUAGAUUACUAGGAAGACUAGGUGAAAAAUUGAUAUUCGCAAUGGGCUAGUGAAAAUUAUUUGAUAUUAAUGUGAUUGUUACUCUGGUGAUAACAGCCAAGAUGGGAAUGUGUUGUAGUAAGCAUAAUCCAGAGACUGGUAGACCUCUUGUAUACCAUGGCAAAGUUGGUGGCGAGACAGGCAGCGCUGAGCCAAGGUACACACCAGAUCCUAACCGACCCUGCCAGGUUAAAAGGCCUGGAGUGGAUAUCAUUCGAGCUCCGUCGACUCCAUUUGAAGACUGGAAGUGGGAAAAAUUCGGAGCUGAGAGCAAUGCCAUCGUCAGUCGUGCCAGCAGUUCAGCAACUAGGAAAGUUGUUGUUGCAGUUUACAGCUACCAGUCAAGGGAAGCUUCCGACGUCUCCUUUCUUAAAGGGGACCGUAUGGAGGUCCUUGAUGACAGUGAAGCUGAUUGGUGGAAAGUGAGGCAUUUAAGGACUGGAGAUGAAGGUCUCAUUCCAUGGAACUUCGUGGCUCCUGAAAAAUCAGUGGAAUCUGAAGACUGGUACUUCGGAAAAGUCUCCCGUAAGGAAGCAGAAAAACUGUUGAUGAGUGACGAAGAGUCACGAGGUACCUUCCUUGUUCGAGAUUCCGAGCAUAAUCCUCACGGCUACUCAGUUUCCGUUAAGGACUGGGAUGCCACCCGAGGAUAUCAUGUGAAGCAUUACAAAGUUAAAGGUUGCGAAGGAGGAUUCUACAUUGCCACAGGACAAUCAGCACCGACCUUACAAGCCUUGGUUGCUAUGUACACAAAGAACGCACUUGGCUUGUGCCAUGUUUUGACCAAGCCUUGCCCUCGGCCGAAGCCGCAAAUCUGGGACCUGGCUCCUCAACUUAGGGACCAUUGGGAAAUAGACAGGAGUGAGAUAAGGCUUAUUUCUAAACUUGGACAAGGCAACUUCGGUGAAGUUUGGUAUGGUAAAUGGAGAGAUACUAUAGAAGUGGCUGUGAAAACAUUGAGGCAGGGAACAAUGUCAACCGGUGCUUUUCUACAGGAAGCUGCAAUAAUGAAAAAAUUCCGCCACGAUAGGCUGGUCGCUCUUUAUGCUGUCUGCUCUAAACAGGAGCCCAUUUACAUUGUUACAGAGUACAUGAGGCAUGGCUCUCUUCUGGAGUUCCUUAGGAAUGGAAAGGGGAAAGACUUGUCCACUCAAGAUUUGAUCUACAUUGCAGCGCAGGUUGCUAGUGGCAUGGAAUAUCUUGAGAUGAAACAGCUAAUCCACAGAGAUUUAGCUGCCAGAAACGUCCUUAUAGGUGAUAAUAAUACAGCCAAAAUAUGCGAUUUUGGAUUGGCUCGAGUUAUAGAGGAUGAUGAAUACUGCCCCCGUCAAGGAUCAAGAUUUCCUGUGAAGUGGACGGCACCAGAGGCAAUUGUCUAUGGCAGAUUUUCCAUCAAGUCUGAUGUGUGGUCUUACGGAAUACUUCUCAUGGAACUUUUCACAUACGGACAAGUUCCUUAUCCUGGCAUGCAUGGUCGUGAAGUGAUUGAACAAGUGGAGCGAGGAUAUCGAAUGCCGAAACCAACAACUCAUCCAUUGCCAGAUCCAAUUUAUCGGCUGAUGCUUCAGUGCUGGGAAGCAGAGCCUGAGAAGAGACCGACAUUUGAGUUCAUCAACUCCUACCUUGAAGACUUCAACAUCUCCUCUGAGGUGCCCUAUAGGGAUGUUUCAGAUUAGGUCAGCUUGUCGCCAAUGAGAGGCAGUUAUGGACGUUUCCCGCCUUCCAUACCCAAGCGACUUCCAUGUUGGGAGGUACCAUCCAAUCAAAAUAGAUACAUAAUAAAUCGGAUUAAAUGUUGACACUGCAGAAAUCCUCUUGACUAUAGUUUUCAUGAGGGUUUGUAUUGUCGAAGGUUCAGCUUAUUUUUGCUUUGUUGAUAAUCAUUUGACAAAAUUAGUUCCUCUACAAUUGAUAAUGAGAAUAUUAUAAUCUAUAAUUCACAACAUUGGAUUAGGCCAUGCUUUGAUAUUAUCUACAAAACAUUAUUUCCACACAUCAUUUUACAUCAGGAUAAUACUUCUAAAUCAAUCUUAUUUGGACUUUUUGAUGUGUUCAAAUAAUAUUGAAUGUUAAGUAAAUCUUUUUAGGUUGAAUAUAGAUCUGUAUUUGGAGACAGUAUCUCGAUUAUUUGUAUUUCUAUUGAUGUCAUUGGACAGGAAUUUGAAGAGGUUUACCUUUUGAUGAUCUCUUAUUUAUUAUUUAAGAUGUUAAUUUUCUUCCGUCGGCAUUAAUUGGAUCCCUUCAAUGUAUUCCAGUGGCCUUUUAAUAAUAUUAUAUUUAGCUUAAGUUCCGUGUUUCAGCCUACUCGUUUUCCUCUUUUUUUAAAAUAAGAUAUAUAACUGAAAAUUUCCUAUAUAUUUAUUAUUUUUUAUAAUUGAUGAACUAGGAUUAGCCAUUUGUAUUAUUGUAGAUAAAAUUUUUAUAUGUUCUUCCUUUGAGAUCUUCA